AUGUCACUCGACGGCAAAGAAAAUGCUGACUCCACCCCUUCAAAGAUUAAGGAAGAAGCGCUUUCCGAAAAUUCACCAUCACCUUCCAGAAGGGCACUUCGGCCAAUCUCCCCAAAUAAACAGAACAAUCAAGGUGUGGGUAAGCUAAGCUUUCUACAAAGUGAUAACAUCGAUGACCACUUCGAAUAUAUACAUGACUUCAACGAAGAUGUUAAACAAACACUUGUAAACAUUGAAACAAAUACGAAACAAACGAAUCUCGAUCUUGGACAGCUCAUCGACAGGUCCAAGAAUAAUAAUCAAUAUCUCAAUAGAGUGCUCGAAAGCAUUGCACAAUACUCUGACGAGGUAACAACCGAAGGUAACGCCACAAAACAAGAUGUCUCAAUCAUCUUGAAACGACUUGAGCAGGCUAAUUCAAAUGAGGAGCUCUUUAGAAUCAAUAGUGCACUAGAGACGAUCAGCAGGAGCAUUGGCUCAUCCACUUUGUCAUCAAUAAUCACGUCGAUGAGGGAUGAAAGCAGGAUACUGUCGCAGAAACUUGAGGACAAGAUCAACAAGCUAGCAAUGACCCUUGAGUUACAAGAACCAACAACCCAACCUCCCCCAACAGAUGUACUCCUCAAAGAGGUAAGGCUAAUUAGGGAUAUCAUAAGUGAACAAUCGAGAAAGAUUGAAAAUCAGGAGACUAAACACAUUCUUGCGGACAAGCAUGCUGAUCUUGAAUACAAAACUCAACAACUUCAAGAGAGGUAUGAUCUCUUGUGCCAGAGUUACGAGCGGAAGUAUGAGCAGUAUUCAAACCUUGCACUGCAUUAUAGGUCACUUUGUCAAAAUGUUGAACAGUUGACAGACGAUCCACGGAUGAACGAAUCUAAAAGGUAUGGUAAACUACAGCAACUACAUUCCAAGCGUCUCGAUGCAAUUCAUCAUGUCUCUGAUAAUGAUCUUACCGGCCUUCUGAACAGAAGAGUAGUGAGCGUGCCGCUUAAAGACGCCGAACUCAAAUAG